CAGCUAAACCCCUCUACAUCAGAGUGAUCGGAAUGGCGGGUUCAACGGUUGUUUCACGAUUAUCGAGUCGAUUAGGAUCUUUUUCGUUGAAGCUCAACAAAUCAUUCACCAAGUCAGUCUUACCCACCGUUUAUCCAUUGAAAUCGAGUUCAGAGUCUCAAGUUUCCUCCUCAUUGAAGUACCUUGCACGGGAUUCAAGAUUACCCGUCCAGUUGAGCUGCUUAGUCUCAAUGGUUCCAUUACAUGACGCAAUUGCUUCUGCCCGCUUAACGUCAAUGCUUUCGGCGGAAUCGCAGAGCUGGGGCCUAACUCCACAAGGUAUUUCUAUGCCUUUAUGACAGCAUCACUUUGGGAUGGGAGUAUCUCACUGGUUCAAUAAUUUUCUGCUGCUUUGGUAUUUUUCUUUUAUGAUGAACCGUUUAGUUGUAGAGGCAGUUCAUGAGGGUUGUUCUGGACUGGGUUUUAUCUCUAGCUUGCAAUUUCAAAGGUCCUAAAUCAUGGUUUUAGUGUUGCAAGUGAGCUGAAUUGCACAAUCGAAAUGUGGGAUGCUGAACAAGUCAGAAUUUUAUGUUUCAUGUAAUUUUUUGGGCUUUUAUGAACAUUUAGAUUAGAUAAUAUAUGAGUGUCAAUUCAAAAGA